UGGUAUUUAGGAGGAGGGCGAGGAGAGCAACAACAUGAUGAGCAACAACGCGUAUUACGAGCAGCUCCAGUCCCAGCUGCCGCCGCAGUACUACCAGAGCACCAACAGCGGCGAGGAGGAGGAGGAGAUGCCGGCCACGGAGAAGGACCUGGCCGAGGACGCGCCAUGGAAGAAGAUCCAGCAGAACACCUUCACCCGCUGGUGCAACGAGCACCUCAAGUGCGUCAACAAGCGCAUCCACGACCUGCAGAGGGACCUGAGCGACGGCCUCAAGCUGAUCGGGCUGCUGGAGGUGCUGAGCCAGAAGAAGAUGUACAGGAAGUAUCACGCCAGACCCAACUUCAGACAGAUGAAACUGGAAAACGUCUCCGUGGCGCUGGAGUUUCUGGAGAGGGAGCACAUCAAGCUGGUGUCCAUAGACUCCAAAGCCAUUGUGGAUGGGAACCUGAAGCUGAUCCUGGGUUUGAUCUGGACCCUCAUCCUCCACUACUCUAUCUCCAUGCCCAUGUGGGAGGAUGAGGAUGAUGAAGAUGCCAAGAAAUUGACCCCCAAGCAACGUCUUCUUGGCUGGAUCCAAAACAAGGUGCCCCAGCUUCCUAUCAAUAACUUCCACCGUGACUGGAGGGACGGCAAGGCCCUGGGAGCCCUGGUGGACAACUGUGCUCCUGGUCUAUGUCCAGACUGGGAGACAUGGGACCCCAGUCAGCCUGUGGAGAAUGCCAGAGAGGCCAUGCAACAAGCUGAUGACUGGCUCGGUGUGCCACAGGUGAUCGCUCCUGAGGAGAUCGUAGAUCCCAACGUGGAUGAGCAUUCAGUUAUGACCUACCUCUCCCAGUUCCCGAAAGCCAAGCUCAAGCCGGGUGCCCCACUACGUGCCAAGACCCUGCACCCCAAAAAAGCGAAAGCCUAUGGACCAGGUAUUGAGCCAAGAGGCAAUAUAGUGUUGAAGCCAGCUGAGUUCUUGGUGGAGACUGUGGAAGCUGGUCUUGGUGAGGUUCUGGUUUAUGUGGAAGACCCAGAGGGGCACACAGAGGAGGCCAGAGUGAUCCCCAACAAUGACAAGAACCGAACCUAUUCUGUUGUCUACCUGCCCAAAGUUGAGGGUCUCCACAAAGUGAAGGUGCUGUUCGCCGGGCAGGACAUUGACAGAAGCCCCUUCAUGGUGAAUGUGUCAAAGGCACUGGGAGAUCCUAACAAGGUGCAGGCCAGAGGGCCGGGGUUGGAGCCUGUGGGCAAUGUGGCAAACAAGCCCACCUACUUUGACAUCUACACUGCAGGGGCAGGUGCUGGAGAUGUGGGAGUCAUCAUCGUAGACUCUAAUGGCAGGAGGGAUACAGUGGAGAUCAUUCUUGAGAACAAGGGAGACAGUGUUUUCCGUUGCACUUAUGGCCCAGUUUUGGAGGGGCCUCAUACCAUCUAUGUGACAUUUGCAGGGCAGCAGAUUCCCCGAAGCCCUUUCACUGUCCACAUCUCCGAGGCUCUGCAGAGCGCCCUGCCACCCAGCUCUCCGGUGCAGAUAAUUCCCCAGUCCAUACGCACCCCACCCACAGACAAGACAAGGAGAGCCCCCCCUCCAACACCGCCCAAACCCAGGCGACAAACCUGCAACCCCAAUGUGUGCAGGGCCUCGGGGAGAGGUCUCCAGCCAAAAGGGGUGAGAGUAAAGGAGGUGGCCGACUUCAGGGUCUACACCAAAGGGGCUGGCAGCGGAGAACUCAAAGUUACAGUGAAGGGACCAAAGUCCUUUGAGGAGCCAGUGAAGGUGCGCGAGGUGGGUGAUGGUCUGUACGAGUGUGAAUACUACCCCGUCCUGGCAGGCAAAUAUGUUAUCACCAUCACAUGGGGAGGACACACCAUCCCACGCAGUCCAUUUGAGGUGCUGGUGAGUGAAGACGCAGGUCCUCAGAAGGUGCGGGCUUGGGGUCCAGGUCUGGAAACGGGCAUGGUGGGGAAAAGUGCCGACUUUGUGGUGGAGGCCAUCGGCACAGAGGUGGGAACUCUGGGCUUCUCUAUCGAGGGUCCGUCCCAGGCAAAGAUCGAGUGUGACGACAAGGGGGACGGGUCAUGUGAUGUGCGGUACUGGCCUACGGAGCCCGGCGACUACGCUGUGCAUGUCAUCUGCGACGAUGAGGACAUCAAGGACAGCCCCUUCAUGGCCCACAUCCUCCCUGCAGCCAACGACGUCUUCCCAGAGAAGGUGAAAUGUUAUGGCCCCGGUCUGGAACCCACUGGCUGCAUUGUCAACAAACCUGCAGAUUUCACUAUUGAUACUCAAGGUGUUGGCAGAGGGGAGCUGAAACUCUACGCUCAGGAUGCAGAGGGCUUCCCUAUUGACAUCCAGAUCACAGAUAAUGGAGACAGCACAUACUUGUGUGUGUACAUUCCCAGCAAGCCCAUCAAACACACCAUCAUCAUCACCUGGGGCGAGGUCAACGUCCCCAACAGCCCCUUCAGGGUGACUAUUGGAGAGGGCAGCCAUCCAGAGAAUGUCAAGGUAUACGGCCCAGGUGUGGAGAAAAUGGGACUGAAAGCCAAUGAGCCCACCUACUUCACUGUGGACUGCAGCGAAGCUGGACAAGGGGAUGUCAGUAUCGGGAUCAAGUGCGCUCCGGGUGUGGUGGGCCCUGCCGAGGCCGACAUUGAUUUUGACAUCAUCAAGAAUGACAAUGACACCUUCACUGUGAAAUAUGUGCCCCCUGGCCCCGGACAAUACACAAUCAUGGUGCUGUUUGCUGAUCAGGAAAUCCCUGUUAGCCCCUUCCGAAUCAAAGUGGAUCCUUCCCAUGAUGCAGCUAAGGUCAGAGCUGAGGGACCUGGACUCCAGAAAACAGGUGUGGAGGUGGGCAAACCAACUCACUUCACCGUGUACACCAAAGGAGCUGGCAAGGCCAAACCCGAGGUCCACUUCACUGCAUUGACUAAAGGGGAGGCCGUCAGAGAUUUCGAGAUCAUCGAUAACCAUGACUAUUCUUACACUGUCCGCUACACCGCGGUGCAACAGGGCAACUUGUCCAUCACAGUCUGUCAUGGAGGGGAUCCCAUUCCCAAAAGCCCAUUCAGUAUUACUGUGGCCCCACCCUUGGACCUCAACAAGAUUAAGGUGCUGGGGCUGAUCAACAAAGUGGAUGUCGGCAAGGACCAGGAGUUCACAAUCAACACACGCGCUGCCGGGGGCCAAGGAAAACUGGAUGUGAAGAUCACGUCCCCCUCCGGUCGACCAAUCCCCUGCAAGGUGGAAUCGGGCACUGCCAACGAGGUGCACAGCGUCAAGUACAUUCCACCUGAGGAAGGACCCUACAAAAUCGACAUCAGCUAUGAUGGAAACCCUGUACCAGGAAGUCCGUUCACUGUAGAGGGUAUUAUGCCCCCAGACCCUACCAAGGUGCGUGCCUACGGUCCAGGUCUACAGGGAGGUGUCGUCGGUAAACCAGCCCCUUUUGCUAUUGACACAAAGGGAGCAGGCACAGGGGGGCUUGGCCUGACGGUGGAGGGGCCUUGCGAGGCCAAGAUCGAGUGUCAGGACAAUGGGGAUGGAUCCUGCUCAGUCUCCUAUCUGCCCACCGAGCCUGGAGAGUACGCCAUCAACAUCCUGUUUGCCGACCAGCACAUCCCCGGAUCUCCCUUCAAAGCCAUGGUCCAGUCAGUUUUUGACCCCAGCAAGGUCACAGUCAGUGGUCCUGGGCUGGAAAGGGGGAAGGUCAACGAGACUGCCUCCUUCACAGUCGAUUGUUCAAAAGCUGGAGAGGCUGAACUCACCAUCGAGAUCCUUUCUGACUCCGGAGUGAAGGCUGAGGUGCAUGUAGAGAAUAAUGGCGAUGGCACCUACUCCAUCACCUAUAUUCCACAGUUCCACGGCAUGUACACCAUUACCAUCAAGUAUGGAGGACACGCUGUGCCCAAAUUUCCUGCCCGUGUGCAGGUAGACCCAGCUAUUGAUACAAGUGGUGUGAAGGCCUAUGGACCAGGAGUUGAAUCCAGAGGGGUACUGCGGGAGGUGACCACCCAUUUCAUCGUGGACACCCGUGCUCUUCACAAGGGCAGUGGCAGCCAUGUCAAAACCUGCAUAGUUAACCCCUCAGGAGCCAACACAGAUGUCUACAUCACGGACAAGGGCGACGGGACCUACAGAGUAGAGUACACCGCCUAUGAGGAUGGUAUGCACCUGGUCGAGGUGCUGUACGACGAGGUGGCUGUACCCAAGAGCCCCUUCCAUGUGAUGGUGACAGAGGGUUGUGAUCCCAGCCGCGUCCGAGCUUACGGUCCUGGUCUGGAGGAGGGUCUGGUCAACAAACCCAACCGGUUUACUGUGGAGACCAGAGGUGCCGGUACAGGCGGCCUUGGCCUGGCCAUUGAGGGUCCAUCAGAAGCAAAGAUGUCUUGUAAGGACAACAAAGAUGGCAGCUGCAGUGUGGAGUACAUCCCCUUCACUCCUGGGGAAUAUGAUGUCAACAUCACUUUUGGAGGCCUGCCCAUCCCUGGCAGUCCAUUCCGUGUCCCGGUGCGGGAACUGGUGGAUCCCAGUAAGGUGAGGUGUUCAGGCCCGGGCUUGGGUAGUGGGGUGCGAGCCCACGUCCCUCAGACCUUCACUGUGGACAGCAGCAAGGCCGGCGUGGCCCCUCUGGAAGUCCAGCUUUAUGGACCUACCGGUAUUGCUGAACCCAUCCACAUUACAGACAACGGUGACGGGACACACACUGUCAACUACACCCCGGCUAAGGAUGGCCCCUACACAGUGUAUGUAAAAUAUGCUGACCAGGAGGUCCCUCGCAGUCCAUUUAAGAUCAAAACACUGCCAGCUCAUGAUGCCAGUAAGGUCCGUGCCAGCGGUCCAGGUCUGAAUGCCUCAGGGGUGCUGGCCAGCCUCCCUGUGGAGUUCACCAUCGAUGCCCGAGACGCUGGAGAGGGUCUGCUCACAGUUCAGAUACUGGAUCCUGAGGGAAAGCCCAAGAAGGCUAACAUCCGGGACAACAGGGACGGCACGUACACCGUGUCUUACGUGCCGGACAUGACAGGACGCUACACCAUCACCAUCAAGUAUGGCGGAGACGAGAUCCCUUACUCCCCGUAUCGCAUCCACGCCCUGCCGAGCGGAGACGCCAGCAAAUGUCUGGUCACAGUAUCUAUUGGGGGACACGGCUUGGGAUCGGGUCUUGGCCCCACCAUCCAGAUUGGAGAGGAAACGGUCAUCACCGUGGAUGCAAAGGCUGCUGGGAAAGGGAAAGUCACCUGUAAGGUCUCGACCCCUGAUGGGGCGGAGCUGGACGUAGAUGUGGUGGAGAACACGGAUGGGACGUUUGACAUUUACUACACGGCACCCGAACCAGGGAAAUAUGUCAUCACUAUACGAUUUGGUGGAGAACACAUCCCCAACAGCCCCUUCCAUGUUGUGGCCACUGAAGAGCCCAUCAUUCCUGGGGAUGGGAUGGAGCCAAUGCUCCGCCCCUUCAAUCUGGUCAUUCCCUUCACUGUGCAAAAGGGGGAGAUCACAGGUGAAGUGCGCAUGCCCUCUGGUAGGACUGCUCGUCCUCACAUUACUGACAACAAGGAUGGCACUGUCACUGUCAAGUACUCCCCUACAGAGAAAGGCCUGCAUGAGAUGGACAUCAAAUAUGAUGACAACCACAUCCCAGGCAGUCCACUCCAGUUUUACGUUGAUGCCAUUAACAGUGGCCAUGUAACAGCCUACGGACCCGGUCUAAGUCACGGCAUUGUCAACAGACCUGCAACCUUCACCAUUGUCACCAAGGACGCUGGGGAAGGUGGUCUGUCGCUGGCAGUGGAGGGCCCCUCUAAGGCAGAGAUCAGUUGUAAGGACAAUAAGGACGGGACCUGCACUGUGUCUUACCUUCCCACCGUGCCUGGAGACUACAACAUUAUAGUCAAGUUUGAUGACAAACACAUCCCUGGCAGCCCCUUCACUGCCAAGAUUACUGGGGAUGACUCCAUGAGAACUUCCCAGCUCAAUGUUGGUACAGCAACAGACGUGUCCCUAAAGAUCAUGGAGACAGAUCUGAACAGUCUGACAGCAACCAUCCGUGCGCCGUCAGGCAAUGAGGAGCCCUGCUUACUCAAGAGACUACCCAACCGCCAUAUCGGUAUCUCCUUCACACCUAAGGAGGUGGGUGAGCAUGUGGUCAGUGUUAAGAAGAAUGGCAAACAUGUGACCAAUAGUCCUUUCAAGAUCAUGGUGGGCCAGUCAGAGAUUGGCGACGCCAGCAAGGUGAAGGUUUAUGGCCAGGGGCUGGUAGAGGGACACACCUUUGAGGUGGCCGAGUUCAUCGUUGACACCAGGAAUGCAGGUUAUGGCGGCCUCGGCUUGUCCAUUGAGGGCCCCAGUAAAGUGGACAUCAACUGUGAGGAUGUGGAAGAUGGUACAUGUAAAGUCACCUACUGCCCUUCUGAGCCAGGAAACUACAUCAUCAACAUCAAGUUUGCUGACCAGCAUGUCCCAGGAAGUCCAUUUACAGUGAAAAUAUUUGGAGAGGGCAGGAUGAAGGAGAGCAUAACCAGGAAGAGACAGGCACCCUCCAUUGCCACCAUAGGCAGCACCUGUGACCUCAACCUGAAAAUACCAGGUAACUGGUUUCAGAUGGUCUCAGCUCAGGAACGCCUGACGCGGACGUUCACGCGCAGUAGCCACACGUACACGCGCACAGAGCGCACGGAGAUCAGUAAGACACACGGAGGUGAGACCAAGAGGGAGGUGCGUGUGGAGGAGAGUACCCAGGUUGGGGGUGACCCUUUUCGGGACGUGUUUGGAGAGUUCCUGGGCAGAGAGAACCUGACUGGCUUCAGCGGGAUACCAGCCAAGAGACAGUCGCUGCAAGAGGGCGAGGCAGGGACUCAGGAGAUGACAGCUCAGGUGACCAGCCCGGGUGGGAAGACAGAAGAUGCCGAGAUCAUCAGAGGAGAGGACAGCACCUACAGCGUCAGGUUCAUCCCGCAGGAGAUGGGACCUCACACUGUUAAUGUCAAAUACCGGGGCCAGCAUGUUCCUGGGAGUCCCUUCCAGUUUACUGUUGGGCCCCUGGGAGAGGGUGGGGCGCACAAGGUCCGAGCCGGGGGAACUGGUCUGGACCGAGGGGUGGCCGGGAUACCAGCUGAAUUUAGCAUCUGGACGAGAGAGGCAGGCGCUGGUGGUCUUUCCAUCGCUGUAGAAGGACCCAGUAAGGCUGAGAUCACCUUUGAAGACAGGAAGGAUGGAUCCUGUGGUGUGGCCUAUGUUGUUCAGGAACCUGGUGACUAUGAGGUGUCCAUUAAGUUCAAUGACGAGCACAUACCAGACUCCCCCUUCAUUGUUCCCAUUGCCACCCUGUGUGAUGAUGCUCGCCGCCUCACAGUCACGAGCCUGCAGGAGAUGGGUCUCAAGGUGGGGCAGGAGGCCUCAUUUGCAGUGCAGCUAAAUGGAGCCAAGGGACUGAUUGAUGCCAAGGUCCACACCCCGUCGGGAGCUAUAGAGGAAUGCUACAUCACUGAAUUAGACAGCGAUCAGCAUGCUAUCAGGUUUAUCCCGCGGGAGAACGGGGUCCAUUCUAUCGACGUUCGCUUCAACAGUAGCCACAUCCCCGGAAGCCCCUUCAAGAUCCGCGUGGGAGACCCAGGCCAGGUGGGAGACCCGGGCAUGGUAUCUGCCUUUGGGCCUGGCCUGGAGGGGGGAUCCACAGGUGUGGCAUCAGAGUUUAUUGUGAACACGUGUAAUGCUGGGUCGGGAGCUCUGUCUGUUACCAUUGACGGGCCAUCUAAGGUGAAGAUGGACUGCCAGGAGUGUCCUGAGGGUUACAAGGUCACCUACACCCCCAUGGCCCCAGGAAACUAUCUCAUCUCCAUCAAAUACGGAGGACCCCAGCACAUUGUUGGCAGUCCUUUCAAGGCCAAAGUCUCAGGAGCCCGUCUAUCCGGCGGUCAUAGUCUGCAUGAGACGUCGUCUGUUCUUGUCGAAACUGUCACCAAGUCGUCAGCCAUGGGCGCGGCAUUUGGCUCCUUGCCUAAAUUUUCCUCAGACGCCAGCAAAGUGAUCUCCAUGGGAGCCGGUCUGUCGAAGGCCUUCGUUGGACAGAAGAACACUUUCACGGUAGACUGCAGCAAAGCAGGCACUAACAUGUUAAUGGUGGGGGUCCACGGACCCAAGACCCCCUGUGAAGAGGUGUACGUCAAACACAUGGGCAACAGGAUGUACAACGUCACAUACACCGUGAAGGAGCAGGGCAAUUACAUCCUCAUCGUCAAAUGGGGGGACGAGAACGUGCCCGGCAGUCCCUUCCACGUCACCGUCCCUUAACGCGGCCGCUCCCCCGUCUCCUCUGAACAGCACCUCCGCUGUCGGCCCACACCCUCCCGCCCUCCCGGAUGCACUAAAGAUGCAAACACUGUAGCCUGUUCAAGUGGACGGAGCUGAACACUCACGCCUAGUGCCAAGUCAUUAACGCCUCCCUCUUCCCCACCGCGCUCGCUGACACCGCAGGCCUGAGCCUGCAGCAGCCCCGUAUCCAGUGGAAACCAGGUGCAUGAGGCCGCACCACGAGUUAUGUGUUACGCAGGUAUGGAGCUGUGGUUUAGAGCUGUGAUGUCACCUCCCCCAGCCCCUCUCUCUUUAUUGUUACUGUUCAAGGUGAUGAUGUGUGAGGAAGAAACAAAGUGUACACGGGGUGAAACGAUGUAGUGCCUGGUCGAACCUUCAUGUGCGGGAAAACGUCUCAAAGUGCUGGAAAACGACAAAGUGAUCAUCAGGAAAAGCUCCGCUGCGACUGCUCUUCACAGAAAAUCUGUGUCUCCUUUUUUUUUAUUUAUUCAGAUCUUCUUUCGUUUUCUUUGACAGAAAAGCGUCUUAUUGUUCCACAAGAGGAAGCAUUCAGUCGGUUUUACAAGUCCUCUUCCUCGAUAUCCUGCCUUCUUGUUGCCACGAACAAGUAGAUGUGAAGGGCUGAGAUUUGUUUUUUGUUUUUUUUUUACUAAGUGGGUUUAUUGUGUGAAUGUUGAAAAUCCACAUUGUGGUCAUACAAAACUAGAGUGACAUUUUGUAGUGAUUUUAUAUGUAUCAGAAAUAGAUAAAUGGAUUAACUUCAUGGAUGUUUGAUAUAUUAACCUUUACUGGCAGCACUGCAGACAUAAUAAAGCUUUAUCUGCUAACU